GCAGUGGGCGCCGUAGAGAGAUCUCUAUGGUGGGCGCUCCAUUAAAACCGUUGGCGCUCCUGACCUUGGCGUCGUGAAUGCGCAAAGCACACAGACUGUGCGAAGCAGCAGAUAAGAGCGAAGAUCUGUAUGAUACCGAAAGCAGGGAAAUAUUCCACACACAUCCCUUUGUCUUAUAGCGCGACUGGCGGGCAUGGUAUGGAGGAAAUCUCGAGAUGGAGCGCGUUUCAGUUUCAGUAAAAGCAGAUUUAUAUACACUGCAAUGAAAAGAGGAAGUGGAGGUGAUCCAUACUUGGCUGACGUGUAUCUGGAUUUAAUAAUUGUUGGAUAUAAAGGUGCAGUGAGUGAUGUCUGUUUCACAGGGUUAGUGCAAAGGGACUAAACAGACUCUUAAUUGUGCAUUUGUGUUGUGCAAGGGCACUAUCUUGUCCAGACCAUGUGGCUGGCAACAUUUAGAGGCCAUCUGUUGCCUGCACACCUGCUACAUCAGCAAGGGACUGCAACCAUCACCCACUGUGUUCUUCUUUGGUGGAUAUUAUGUUCCUGCUGGUCAUUGACCAAAGCAACAAGCCAGAAAUUCUACCCAACUGUGACCACCCAGUUUGGGAAACUGCGAGGCCUCAGGGUUCCUGUGCCCAGUGAAGUCCUCAGGCCAGUUGAUCAGUACCUCGGUAUCCCCUAUGCUGCCCCGCCUGUGGGUGAGAAGCGCUUCAUGCCCCCCGAGCAGCCUUCCUCUUGGUCAGGUAUCAAGAAUGCUACCCACUUCAUGCCCGUGUGCCCUCAGAAUAUCCACAGUACGGUGCCGGAAAUCAUGAUGCCCAUAUGGUUCACCUAUAACCUGGACACGGUAGCCACAUACAUCCAGAAUCAGAGUGAGGACUGUUUGUAUUUAAACAUCUAUGCCCCGACAGAAGAAGGGAGCCAACACAAGAAAAAGGGGGCGGCUUUCUCACAUGCUGAGACUCAUAUAUCUGAAGAUAUAAGGGACUCGGAAGCAAGACCUGUGAUGGUUUACAUCCACGGAGGCUCAUACAUGGAGGGCACCGGUAACAUGAUGGAUGGCAGCAUUUUGGCCAGCUACGGGAACGUUGUUGUCGUCACGCUCAACUACAGAAUUGGAAUAUUGGGCUUCCUCAGUACUGGUGACCAAGCAGCAAAAGGGAACUAUGGCCUCCUAGAUCAGAUACAAGCUCUACGCUGGAUAAGUAAAAACAUAGGUUACUUUGGAGGAGACCCAGGUCGCAUCACGGUCUUUGGAUCUGGGAUCGGUGCUUCCUGCGUCAGUUUACUAACACUGUCGCACCACUCAGAGGGCCUGUUCCACAGAGCCAUCAUCCAAAGUGGCUCAGCUCUAUCAAGCUGGGCUGUCAACUACCAGCCAGUCAAAUACACUCGCAUGCUUGCUGAGAGGGUUGGCUGCAACGUGUUGGACACGGUGGACAUGGUGUCAUGCCUGCAGAAGAAAAGCGCUAAGGAACUUGUAGAGCAAGACAUUCAGGCCGCUCGCUACCGUGUGGCUUUCGGCCCCGUUAUUGACGGAGACGUCAUCCCAGAUGACCCGGAGAUCCUGAUGGAGCAGGGCGAGUUCCUUAACUAUGACAUAAUGCUGGGUGUAAAUCAGGGUGAAGGACUGCGCUUUGUGGAGAACGUGAUGGACCUGGAGGACGGUGUGUCAGGCAGCGACUUUGACUUUGCUGUGUCAGACUUUGUGGAUAGUUUGUAUGGGUACCCAGAGGGGAAGGACACCCUGAGGGAGACAAUUAAAUUUAUGUACACAGACUGGGCUGACAAGGAUAACUCAGAGACCAGGAGGAAGACCCUGGUUGCCCUCUUUACUGACCACCAAUGGGUGGAGCCAUCAGUGGUAACGGCUGACCUGCAUGCCCGCUACGGUUCACCCACAUAUUUCUACGCCUUCUAUCACCACUGCCAGAGCCUUAUGAAGCCCGUGUGGUCAGACUCAGCGCAUGGAGAUGAGGUGCCUUACGUAUUUGGCAUCCCCAUGGUGGGCCCAACAGACCUGUUCCCCUGUAACUUCUCCAGGAAUGACAUCAUGCUCAGUGCUGUGGUUAUGACAUACUGGACCAACUUCGCAAAGAGUGGGGACCCAAACAAGCCAGUGCCACAGGACACAAAGUUCAUCCACACCAAGGCCAAUCGCUUUGAAGAGGUAGCUUGGUCUAAGUAUGACCCCUAUGAUCAACUCUACUUGCACAUUGGCCUGAAGCCUCGCAUCCGUGACCACUACCGUGCCACCAAAGUGGCCUUCUGGAAACACCUGGUACCCCAUCUCUACAACCUCCAUGAUAUGUUCCAUUACUCCUCCACCACCACCAAAGUCACCCCUCUAGAUCCCACCCAGUCCAACGGCAAGAGGCCCGGCAGCACUGGGCGGCCUCCUGUAUCUACUGCUCACAAUGAUGGUGAAGGCAAAAAAGAGAUGGGUCCUCUGAUCAUGCCAAACCCGCGAGAUUACUCCACAGAGCUCAGCGUCACCAUUGCCGUAGGAGCUUCGCUGCUUUUUCUCAACGUCUUGGCUUUCGCAGCCUUGUACUACCGCAAGGACAAGCGCAGUCGCCAGGAAACCUGCCAGCAGCCCAGUCCCCAGCGUGAAAGCAAAGGCAACACCGCAGGCCACACCAACACAGUGGAUGAGACCCUGUCGUCCCAGCAAAGGAGCCCGUGUGAGGCCCUUCAUAAUCCUCUUCACGUCUCCCCAAGUUACUCUCUCAGUCAGCGCCGGUCCCCUGAUGACAUCCCUCUGAUGACACCCAACAACAUAACCAUGAUCCCUAACUCCUUAAUGGGCCUCUCCAACAUGAGUCCAUAUAGCACCUUCCCUGCUGGCUACAGCUCUGCAGGGCUGCCCAGCACCCACUCAACCACUCGAGUAUAGCCUCAAAGGAGGUGGCAAUGACAAAUGUGACUUAUGUGAAAAACGAAAUGUAAAGCUGUAUUUAGAAUGUGUAGGCAAAAUAGGAUUGAAUAUGUUUGUUCUGUCUAAUCCAAGGUGUCCAACCACCAACAUCCUGCCUUUGCUUUCUCAUAAUAGGAAGUUUAACUGCAGAGUCAUUUUAUAAUAAUCAUUUUCAAAGGCAGAAAAAAAAAAAGAUAAAGUGCAUUUCAUUUUCCACUUUGGCUUUUUUGGAACUUAACCUUGCAAGAACUUAGUAUAAUGUUUAUACAGUUGGAUUUGUAUGGGAAGCUUUUUCUUACUCUGUGAUAUCUAUUUUGCUCUCGUGGAAAAAAGUGACAAUACAAGUCGUGGUGGACAAAGAUGAGUUCUGGAAAAAGCAGAAAAACAGUAUUAUUAUUAUUAUCAAGCUAUUUUAUACAUAUUUCUCAUGCCAUAUUGCUUAUUACGGAGAAGUAUUUUUACUGUAAUUACUUUAAAAUGCCUUGUACAUCGCUAACAUAAGGAAUUACUGUGGAGUCAUAACAGCAGUGGAUGGAAAUUUUACUUAAAUACUGGUCACACAAGUCCAAUUUAUCCAAAAUGUUUUUAUCUGGUAGUGCAAAUAUAGCACUUGUGUGUGUGGGUUUGUGUGGGUGUGUGACUGCGUGGAUGUGCUGAAAACUGAUACAAAAUGUAAAUUAGGCAUUGUUUGAAAUUAACCAUUCAGUUUCACAUAUGUAGUGUUGUGUAAUUUAUUGUAGUCUACUUGAGUAUCCUUGCUAUAUUUUGGCUUUAUGUGCUCAUAAUUUUUGCUAAAUACACUGUAGAAAUAUGACUUCUGCUUCACUAUAAACAAAAAAUGCUUAAAAUGUGUUUUCCUAAUCUAACUAACUCAUGUUUUUGGGCUUGGCUUGUUUGUACAGAAUACACUGAUAUUUUAUUUGUUGUUUGUUUAUGAACACUGUAAGGUCUUCGGAGAGAUGACUGUAAUUACAUUGUAACUGUAUGUAUAUCAACUCAGUUAUUCACACUUAAAAUGGAGUUUCAUGAACCUUGCAGAACAUUGCUCCUUCUUGAAAUAGUUUGGACCCUAUACAAGUUAUAUCCAGGGGUCAUCUUUAACCGAAUGGACAUGACGGACAUCAAGCUUUGAGAUUUUAUUCCUUUGAAUCUAUCAUAACAUUGUUUAAUCUAAAUGAGAUGGCUAUUAAAAGAUUUUUGGAACUAAA